ACACGCGCUCGGUCGUCACCAUGUUGGUUCUACUUGCCGGAAUUUUCCUCGUGCACGUCACAUGCAUCAUCCUCCUCCUCGCCGCCACCAUUGAGAAUGGCUGGUGGGUGGGAAACAACCUGUCCACCGAUAUCUGGGCCCGCUGGGUCAAGACGCCGAACGGAGCUUGGAACUACACAGACCUCCCCGCGAACUACCCGGAAGACUACCUCCAGGCAGUGCAGGCAAGCUCCGUGCUGGCUUGUAUAUUCUCCAUCCUGGGUCUGUUUGUGUUUGUGGGUCAACUUUUCACCUUGGCCAAAGGCAGGAGGUUCGUCUUCUCUGGAUUUUUCCAGCUCGUAGCAUGCCUUUGUAUCAUGAUUGCUGCCUCCAUUUACACUGACAUCUUCCACAAAUCGGAGUCCGGCAAUUAUGGCCCCUCAUUCAUCCUGGCGUGGAUCUCCUUCGUCCUAACCUUCAUCUCCUGCAUCAUCUACUUUGUCCUGCGCAAGAAAACGGCGUGAGGAAGACUACACUGAAGAAGACUGUACACCCAACAAAGGGCUUGACACCUGUUAUAAUUUUUUUUUUCCAAAUAGACAUGUAGAUGGGUGAAAGGGGAGUGAUUCU